AUUUCUACUUACAUCAUGUAUUGGAUGCUUCACGUCUGGGCAUUGACAACAGGCCUCGCGGCUGCACUGACACAGUACAACACCAACGGCCGGUCUAAGUGGGGAACCUUGCCAUCGCCAACUUUACCAAGGUUUCUCGGGGACACUCAUGGAGUCAAUCCACCCUGGGGAAAUACAUAUCCUGGGGGAAAUCCCCCUGAUACAGGUGUAACACGACACUACAAUUUUACUAUCACCCGUGGGUUCAAGGCGCCAGAUGGUUACAACAAGAGCGUGAUUCUGAUCAACAAUCAAUUCCCAGGUCCUCUAAUCGAAGCCAAUUGGGGUGACAUGAUUGAGGUGACUGUUACUAAUGAUAUCAGUACUGUGGAAGAGGGUCUGACACUGCAUUGGCAUGGACUCUCAAUGAAAAAGACACCAUGGUACAAUGGUGUGCCUGGAUAUACACAAUGUCCUAUUGCGCCUGGAAAGACUUUCACCUACAUCUUUCAGGCUGAUCAAUUUGGAUCCAGUUGGUAUCACUCACAUUAUAGUGCUCAGUAUGAUGAUGGCCUUUACGGUCCCAUGGUUAUUUAUGGUCCUGUGCAGGCUGAAGUCAACUAUGACUAUGAUCUGGGCCCGAUCAUGCUUUCUGACUAUUACCACGAUAACUAUUAUGACGUUCUCGUGGAGGGUUUCAAGCGACCAACUGUUCUUGUUCCAAUGGAUAACAAUCUCAUCAAUGGAAAAGGAACUUUUGACUGUGAUUCAACGUUGACGAACAAGUGUUUGCCGGGCGCUGGCUUGUCCAAAUUCCAAGUUAAAUCGGGCAAAUCAUACCGUUUACGCCUGGUAAAUACUGGGGCAUUGGCUAGCCAGAAAUUCAGCAUUGACAAUCACAAGUUGACAGUGAUUGCGAAUGACUUUGUCCCUGUCAAGCCUUACCUAACUGACGUGGUUACGCUUGGCGUAGGCCAACGCACGGAUGUGAUAGUCGAGGCUACUGGCUCUACAAGCGAUUCAGUUUGGAUGCAAUCAGAUAUUGAUAUAAUCUGCCUCAAUGAGACAUUAACAGUUUACAACAUCUCUGCAGCAGUAUAUUAUGAGUCUACAAAUACCAGCGCUCUUCCAACAACUAGAGGCACGCCAUGGAAAAGCAACCACUGCCAGAAUGACCCUCUUAAGACUACAGUGCCCUAUUAUCCAUUAGCACCACCAUCAAGACCCGAAACGGUUCAGACAGUGAAUAUCAUAUUGGGCUAUAAUGAGACAGUCUUUCUACUCUUUUUCGUUGACGGUUCCUCCUUUCGGUCGAAUUACAACGAACCUGUCUUGCUUAUGACGCAUGAGAAUAUGUCGCAGGUGUACCCCGCGGAGCACAAUAUAUAUAACUUCAGCUCUAAUUUGAGUGUAAGGAUCAUACUGGUUAAUACCUUCGCAAUGCAGCAUCCAAUCCACCUACAUGGACACAACUUCUGGGUUUUGGCUGAGGGUAUGGAAACAUGGAAUGGGAGUAUCACGAAUCCUUCCAACCCCCAGCGCCGGGAUACACAAAUAAUUCAAGCCGGAACAGUGGAUGACCCGGGCUAUCUGGUCUUGGAAUGGGAACAGAAUAACCCGGGUGUAUGGCCCAUGCACUGCCAUAUGUCCAAUCACGCCUGUGCCGGUCUCGUGCUCUCUAUCCUUUUCAGUGACGCCAAUUAUGUAGACGAAAUAGAUUCCGGCAUAUGA